GUCCAUCCCUACUCUCAAGGCACGAAAUCUCUUGGAAAUUUCUUUUCUAAAAAGAACAAAAAGAAAAAUUAUUUUAAUAAGUGUUGAGAUUAAUUCGCCGCAGCCCGGAAGUUCAACACCCCUUCCGGGAGGGUUUCAUGGUUAUGGGGGAUAAUAAAACAUAAACAAUGAUUUUUACGUGGAAACCCAGAAAGGGAGAAAACCACGGGACUGUUUAGGCUAAUGUCCAAGCCCGCUCCUUUUAUUAUUGAUCUCCUCACCAGUACAUUAUACAAGCUCCAUUAAUGGAGGAUUCAAGCUAACUAUAGAGAAGGAGGAAGAAGAGAGGUAGGAGAUCAAGUCUCCAAAACUGGGAUCCUUUAUUAGGAGGGAAGCCCUCCUAUUUAUAGAUGGAAUGGGGAAGGGGGGCUCUCUACCCUAACGGGCCGAGUGGGCCUAAACGGCCUCUUGGGCCUAGGCGGGCCGAAUGAGCAAAAAUGGGCCCAAAGGCCGAAAUAGGCGUGACAGGCUAAAAUGGGCCUUACUGAUUGGGCUCCGUAUUACGUAAAGUCUUGGGCCCCUGAACAGUAAUAGGCCGGGAUGAUAUAUCCCAACACAAGUCCCCCAGUUUCUUGAGUAGUGAGUGUGCGAAUCUGCUCGAGAAAAUAUACUUUUGUCUGUGUUCUUCCUCUGCCUUGCCGGAACUGUGUCUUCGAAUAAUCAUAAUAUAUGUGUGGGUGUCUGCCCCUCUGAGUAUACCCUGCCGGUAAGGCGCUCCCCUCCUGACGAGGUCAUGCGAGGGAUGUUCUUCCCUGGACACUCUCCCUCUGAUUGUAUCAGGUGGGAGUAGAGGAUUCUGACCCGAGCUUUCCAAUGGAGAAGCUUAGAGGUUCCUGCACAAUAUAAGCUGACGAUACGGGAGACUAGCUCGAUAUGAUGUACAUGUAUGUAUGGAUGUAUGAGAGAUGAUGCAUGAAUGUAUGAAUGCAUGUGAUGUAUGAGUGCAAUGUAUGAGAGAGGGUAUGUAAGAUGUGAUACAAAUCAGUGAAUGUCAUCGGUAAACCGGGCACGAUGGCACUGAGGGGCCGAGCGUGCUGCAUAAGACGUUUGUUGCCACGACAUGGUCUUACUUUGCCAAGGUAUGGUCUUACUUUGCCAUGGUGUGGUCUUACGAGCCGACCGUGAACUAGACACGAUGGUGCUGAGGGGCCGAUCGUGCUGCAUAAGAUGGUGGUCGCCAUCCUGGAAGGGAUGUACGAGCCGACCGUGAACUAGACACGAUGGCGCUGAGGGGCCGAUCAUGUUGCAUAAGAUGGUGGUCGCCAUCCUGGAAGGGAUGUACGAGCCGACCGUGAACUAGACACAAUGGCGCUGAGGGGCCGAUCGUGCUGCAUAAGAUGGUGGUCGCCAUCCUGGAAGGGAUGUACGAGCCGACCGUGAACUAGACACGAUGGCGCUGAGGGGCCGAUCGUGCUGCAUAAGAUGGUGGUCGCCAUCCUGGAAGAGAUGUACGAGCCGACCGUGAACUAGACACGAUGGCGCUGAGGGGCCAAUCGUGCUGCAUAAGAUGGUGGUCGCCAUCCUGGAAGGGAUGUACGAGCUGACCGUGAAGUAGACACGAUGGCGCUGAGGGGCCGAUCGUGCUGCAUAAGAUGGUGAUCGCCAUCCUGGAAGGGAUGUACGAGCCGACCGUGAACUAGACACGAUGGGUGGAGCUAUUGGGAGGUAAUACAGUUUAGAUGUAAUACCCUAUUUUGUUUUGUGCUCAACAUGCCAUGUCAUGUGUUUCGCAGUAGCAGUCGAAGUGCACAUCCUCUGAUGUAGUGGAGCUAUUGGGAGGUAAUACAGUUUAGAUAAUGCCGACCUAUUUCGUGGUUUCUUUUUACUUUGAGGAACAGGUUUGUAUCUGUUUCCACCACAGAACUUGCAGAAUUCAAGUGCCUCAUCAUCCUUCCAGAACAACAUACAUCCUUCCGGGAACGCAUCAAUUUCUAUAUAAGGUAACCCCAACUUAGACAUUAAUUGUUUCAUGUGGUAAUAUGAAUCGGGGAGGUUAUGAUCACAUGGUAGCAUCCCGCCUACUGGCUGCAAGACUCUAGUCAUGCAAGUUUCAGGGAGACUGUAUUCAGCUUUUAUGUUCAUAAACUCUGUAACGGCGGAUAGCUGAGAGUAUCCCUCACAAUCAGCAUACAGGGGUUGAUCGGCUGCUUUUAAAACAUCUUCAAAUCUUUCAGCUAAACCUUCAUCCACAUAAGGUUGAUAAAAUAUCGGAUUUUCAUCCUCAUGUGGUUGAUAUGAAGUCGAGGCUUCAGGAGGAUCGUUAUUUAUUUAAACAAAGUAGGCGAAUUGAUUUAUUUGAUGUUAUACUCGUAUUUGGAUGACAAAAUUAUUUAACUUUACUAUAUAUUUUAUAACAAAAAAUUCAUAUACGUAGUAAAUAUUUACAUGAUAUCCCCGAAGCCUACUUUGUUUAUAUUGCCCUGGGCCCAAAAAAUGUAGGAUCCUGCCUGAUCAAGUCUUCAUGAUACUACGUAUUACCGAAGGUGUCGCUUCUCUUCAACAUAAACACCGUAUGCAAAGGGAAAUCGAUCGAUCUAUCUAUACCAACUGACACAUCGAGUGUUUCCCGGUCGGUUCUGCCAGGUGCUAAGUCGCAUCCUUCGUACUUCCAUGAGAUCAGGUUAGCCUGUCGCUCGGCUCUGUCCAGUUUAUUCUAUAAUUUAAGUGGUCUGUAGGUUUUACUGGAGAUCGGUUUGGUAACAUGUAGUUUCUGUUUUCAAGGAAGUGUACUCUUGAAGCAUUGUAGUUUCUCAUUCAUUGAAUAAAACCAAUCCAUCUCCAAUAUCUUUAUUUUUACUUGAUUUCAAUUCCAGAGAUUGUUUCAUCCAGAGAGAUUGUUUUCAUUCCAUUCAGCCAUUGAUGGAAAUGAAUGACAAAUUAAUGGGAUUAUUCUUCAUUGCUGCUUUAGCACAUGAAACCAUUGAGUUAAGUUUAUGAUGUAUUUUUAUUAUCAAAAUAUUAUUAAAGGUAUCUAAAUACAUAGCUCUUUUAUCCUAAUUUUAGUGGUUUACUUAUGAAUCUGAAAGGCUGUGAGAAUAUGAAAAUCUGAAAAGAAGGUUGAUAUUCUGGAAAUGGAUUUUUCAUCUUUGGUUUCAAUUAAUCAAUACAUAUCAUUAUGCAUAAAAGCACAAAUGGCUGAACUUUUUAUACUUUGAUAUAUAUUCUGAAAAUGGUUGGAUUUUUCAGGUUUAGGUUCAAUAUAUCAUUACGCAUAAAAAAUGAUUGGACUUAUUCUAAGGUCUAUAUGUUUUUUAAGAAGAGGAAGUGUAAUAUCUGAUCUCUUCUUAAAUUCAAUGUUCUUAUGCAUUAUGUCCAAUUGAAUGUUUAGAUAUCUUUCCAGGAAAUAAGUGCAUUCUAAGUUUAUAAUAGUGCUUGUCACUCUCAAGGCAGUCCUCACAGAUAUGCCUGUCGUCGACAUUAGAGGUGUCGUGGGGACUGCCUCAGCUGGAACAGCCCAUGCCCUCACAUGGGUAGAUCUAUUCAGGAAUGACAAAGGCAUAACCUGCGCACAACAGGUCACGGAUGGCCCUCUGACCAGGCACAUAGAAAUAAUACAAGCUCCGGACCAGGCAGGUCCCUCUGGAUCAAAAAAUCAAACUACCAGUACCGAAAUGGUCAUGACGGAAGUAAACGGGGCAUCUACUGAUUUAUUCCAAGUUGGAGAAAAAUACUUUUUCUUUGGAGAAUAUGGGUUUGAAUCGGUCAAAAUUGAAUCAAAAUCUUUUAAAUUUGCAAGUGGAAAAAAAGAGAAUUGGUCCUCUUUGAAAUUAAAAGGUCUCUUAUGCAUAAGAUUCAAUUCAAACUAGAGCUUCUUCCCCAAAUUAUCGGGUACAUCUAUCAGCUUAAGAAUCCUGGCUAGUCAAAGUUUGAGGAAAAAAGGUGAUUCGGAGAUAUCACGAUUUCUCUAGAAAAUAAUAGAGCGGGCUACUAUGUGAAAGUGGCUAAACAAAAGAGGGGAUCCAUUCAGAUACCUAUGGGACCAAAUAAUUCGAGCUUAUUUAAAUUCCUUAAUGUUUUUUCUAAUUUUGUAGGGCUCUCAAAACCAUUGCAGGACGACUCAAUCUCUCUCCAACAAGGGAUCAUGUUAGAAUACGAGGAUCCCACAUCCAUCUCUAAAUUAAUUUUACAUCAACAAACCCUGGCAGUCGGUACUGUUAUUGAACAUGUCUUCUCUUCUGGGAAACUACCGCAAUUGCCACCGAUCGAGGCUUACUCAUGUGUGUUUGACGAUUUUGAUCAUUCCGAAGACUCCAUCUUCGCAGAUGACUUCUUGGGGCAUGCAACAGAAAUUGAACGUUGUCCUCCUAUUUCGUACCCAGAAGAAAUUAGGAAGUCCAAAUUCAAUAAGGAAAUUUGCUGGAAAGCCAAUUUCAUAACCGCAGAAAACUGUCUGCCAACUGAAAAUUUGAACACGCAGUUGAAAAUAUACAAAAAAACCCAGAAGAAUAAAAGGCGUCAUAGCAUGAGAACAAGGUCUCAAUCCAGCGACUUCCCAUGGGACUAGUUUAUAUAUUUACUUUUAUUUCCUACCUUUUUUUUGUUUCCUUCUUUUUUUUCCUUUCUGUAAUGCUCUUCUUGUUUUCCUUUUUUGCAUUGUGCUAUUUCCCUUUUAUCAAUAAAAUUGCUCUUUGGUUAAAAAAAAGAAAAAAAAGAGCAUGGUCAAUGAACAUGGCAAUAACUAUGGUUGAGUAUAAGAAGUGAAUAUGAAAAUAUGUAAUGUUGUACAUGGAAAUGAAGGAAUACAUUGAGGAAGUGUGUUGUGCAACGAAUCGGAUGCAAUAGAUUGUGUCAUAACAUUGGCGGAAAGUGCAGUGAUUAUGACAAGUAGUGCAGUAAUGUAGAGCAGUAUCACCUGCAUGAACCGAAAGUGCAAUAUUUUAGUCGUAACUAGUCACGUUUUAGUGCUUGCAUUAGAAAUAUGCACUUUAAUGUAGCCAUUCAACUCUCUUUGUAAGGGAAUAACAUGCAGCCUUGAUUACGUAUAAUACGAAUGGUACAUGGGUUGACAUUAAAAAAUCAUAAAUCAUAGCGCAUUAAUAAAACCAAUACUUAGACUAAACGCAUAAUAGGUCACACGCUGCAAUUUCGCGUUGCUAAUUUACGGAGUACUUCCCUCCUUUCCUGCCGCCCGCUUUCACUGAUACCGCGAGGAAGAAGCAAUUUAUUUAUAAGGAUAUUUUGGUCCUUCAAACAGUCAUUUACAAUCGGUUAAAAAUUCUUAAUUUAUUUUUAGUCAUACACACGAAGAAAAACAACUCUGGUCAUAUUCUCGGAAACUUGAUUAGAUUUGGUCAUAUAACGGUAUUUAUCCCUUCAAAUUAACCCCUGACCCCUCCCCCCUUCACCCCCACCCCCCUUCACCCCUCCAAAACACCCAGCCCUAACCAAGAAAAACAAAAACAGGGCUCGGCCUGAACCGCCCGGGCCAAGCCUGAACCGCCCGGGGCUCGGCCCGAACCGCCUGGGCCGGUUAAACAAAUACAGAGCUUGAGUCCGGCCCGCCCAACCCUCCCCAACCGGGUAAAAGCCCGGGCCCGGUUAGCACCAACCGGGCCGGUUCGGGCCCGCACAAUGAUGGGCCGGACCGGUUCCGGGCCGGGCCGGACCGGUUCCGGGCCGGGCCGAACCGGUUGGGUCCAUCCCUACUCUCAAGGCACGAAAUCUCUUGGAAAUUUCUUUUCUAAAAAGAACAAAAAGAAAAAUUAUUUUAAUAAGUGUUGAGAUUAAUUCGCCGCAGCCCGGAAGUUCAACACCCCUUCCGGGAGGGUUUCAUGGUUAUGGGGGAUAAUAAAACAUAAACAAUGAUUUUUACGUGGAAACCCGGAAAGGGAGAAAACCACGGGACUGUUUAGGCUAAUGUCCAAGCCCGCUCCUUUUAUUACUGAUCUCCUCACCAAUACAUUAUACAAGCUCCAUUAAUGGAGGAUUCAAGCUAACUAUAGAGAAGGAGGAAGAAGAGAGGUAGGAGAUCAAGUCUCCAAAACUGGGAUCCUUUAUUAGGAGGGAAGCCCUCCUAUUUAUAGAUGGAAGGGGGAAGGGGGGCUCUCUACCCUAACGGGCCGAGUGGGCCUAAACGGCCUCUUGGGCCUAGGCGGGCUGAAUGAGCAGAAAUGGGCCCAAAGGCCGAAAUAGGCGUGACAGGCUAAAAUGGGCCUUACUGAUUGGGCUCCGUAUUACGUAAAGUCUUGGGCCCCUGAACAGUAAUAGGCCGGGAUGAUAUAUCCCAACACAAGUCCCCCAGUUUCUUGAGUAGAGAGUGUGCGAAUCUGCUCGAAAAAAUAUACUUUUGUCUGUGCUCUUCCUCUGCCUUGCCGGAACUGUGUCUUCGAAUAAUCAUAAUAUAUGUGUGGGUGUCUGCCCCUCUGAGUAUACCCUGCCGGUAAGGCGCUCCCCUCCUGACGAGGUCAUGCGAGGGAUGUUCUUCCCUGGACACUCUCCCUCUGACUGUAUCAGGUGGGAGUAGAGGAUUCUGACCCGAGCUUUCCAAUGGAGAAGCUUAGAGGUUCCUGCACAAUAUAAGCUGACGAUACGGGAGACUAGCUCGGUAUGAUGUACAUGUAUGUAUGGAUGUAUGAGAGAUGAUGCAUGAAUGUAUGAAUGCAUGUGAUGUAUGAGUGCAAUGUAUGAGAGAGGGUAUGUAAGAUGUGAUACAAAUCAGUGAAUGUCAUCGGUAAACCGGGCACGAUGGCACUGAGGGGCCGAGCGUGCUGCAUAAGACGUUUGUUGCCACGGCAUGGUCUUACUUUGCCAAGGUAUGGUCUUACUUUGCCAUGGUGUGGUCUUACGAGCCGACCGUGAACUAGACACGAUGGUGCUGAGGGGCCGAUCGUGCUGCAUAAGAUGGUGGUCGCCAUCCUGGAAGGGAUGUACGAGCCGACCGUGAACUAGACACGAUGGCGCUGAGGGGCCGAUCAUGUUGCAUAAGAUGGUGGUCGCCAUCCUGGAAGGGAUGUACGAGCCGACCGUGAACUAGACACAAUGGCGCUGAGGGGUCGAUCGUGCUGCAUAAGAUGGUGGUCGCCAUCCUGGAAGGGAUGUACGAGCCGACCGUGAACUAGACACGAUGGCGCUGAGGGGCCGAUCGUGCUGCAUAAGAUGGUGGUCGCCAUCCUGGAAGAGAUGUACGAGCCGACCGUGAACUAGACACGAUGGCGCUGAGGGGCCAAUCGUGCUGCAUAAGAUGGUGGUCGCCAUCCUGGAAGGGAUGUACGAGCUGACCGUGAAGUAGACACGAUGGCGCUGAGGGGCCGAUCGUGCUGCAUAAGAUGGUGGUCGCCAUCCUGGAAGGGAUGUACGAGCCGACCGUGAACUAGACACGAUGGCGCUGAGGGGCCGAUCAUGCUGCAUAAGACGGUGGACCCCAUCCUGGAAGGAAUGGGUGAGCCAACCGUGAACUAGACACGAUGGCGCUGAGGGGCCGAUCGUGCUGCAUAAGACAGUCGUUGCCACGGUGUGGUCUUACGUCGAAUGUGAACUAGACACGAUGGCGCUGAGGGGCCGAUCGUGCUGCAUAAGACAGUCGUUGCCACAGUGUGGUCUUACGUCGAAUGUGAACUAGACAUGAUGGCGCUGAGGGGCCGAUCGUGCUGCAUAAGACAGUCGUUGCCACGGUGUGGUCUUACGUCGAAUGUGAACUAGACACGAUGGCGCUCAGGGGCCGAUCGUGCUGCGUAAGACAGUCGUUGCCACGAUGUGGUCUUACGUCGAAUGUGAACUAGACACGAUGGCGCUCAGGGGCCGAUCGUGCUGCGUAAGACGUCCGUCGCCAUCCUGGAAGGGAUGUACGAGCCGCACAUGGACACGAUCCGCACUGUAGGGCUGAUCGUGCUGCGUAAGAUGUCCGUUGCCAUCCUGGAAGGGAUGUACGAGCCGCACAUGGACACGAUCGGCACUUUAGGACCGAUCGUGCUGCGUAAGACGUCCGUUGCCAUCUUGGAAGGGAUGUACGAGCCGCACAUGGACACAAUCGGCACUGCAGGGCCGAUUGUGCUGCGUAAGACGUCCGUCGCCAUCCUGAAAGGGAUGUACGAGCCGCACAUGAUCCGAACACGAUCGGCACUGCAGGGCCGAUCAUGCUGCGUAAGACAUCCGUCGCCAUCCUGGAAGGGAUGUACGAGCCGCACAUGAACCGGACACGAUCGGCACUGCAGGGCCGAUCGGUCUGCGUAAGGCGUCCGUCGCCAUCCUGGAAGAGAUGUACGGGCCGCACAUGAUCUGGACACGAUGGCGGUGAGGGGCCAAUCGUGUUGCAUAAAACGGUGGUCGCCAUCCUGGAAGGAAUGGACGAGUCGACCGUGAACUGGAUACGAUGGCGCUGAGGGGCCGAUCGUAUUGCAUAAGACGGUGGUCCCCAUCUGCUUGUCGUAACCGCCCAUUCUCUCUCUCUCUUUGGGUCUUCCAGGGUGUGGAUGCUCGUCUCCAGGCCCUCGGCCUCUGGAGUGGAAAUGCUCGUCUUCAGGCCCUCGGGUCCUCUGAAAUGGAAAUGCUCGUCAUCAGGCCCUCGGGUCUUCUGGAAUGGAAGUGCUCGUCUCCAGGCCCUCGGGUCCUCUGGAAUGGAAGUGCUCGUCUCCAGGCCCUCGGGUCCUCUGGAAUGGAAAUGCUAGUCUCCAGGCCCUCGGGUCCUCUGGAUCAACCUUAAGCGUGAAGAUGUUCCACAGCCCAUAUCUUAUCUAUAUCUUUUUUAGGGGUCUUUGAAUAUGACGAUGGCACCGUACUAAGGGAUCGGUGGCCAUGAAUGAUGUCGGCGCUGGGAGCCAAUCUGAAAGAAUAAAUCAACGGUCCUCAUCCGCGAGGAGCGGGGACAAGGCCGGUCUUCAAAUAUAAUGAUGGCACCGUACCAGGGGGUCGGUGGCCAUGAAUGAUGUCGGUGCUGGGAGCCGAUCUGAAAGAAUGAAUCAACAGUCCUCAUCCGCGAGGAGCAGGGACAAGGCCGGUCUUCUAAUAUGAUGAUGGCACCGUACCAGGGGGUCGGUGUCCAUGAAUGAUCUCGGCGCUGGGAGCCGAUCUGAAAGAAUAAAUCAACGGUCCUCAUCCACGAGGAGCGGGGACAAGGUCGGUCUUCUAAUAUGAUGAUGGCACCGUACCAGGGGGUCGGUGGCCAUGAAAUGAUGUCAGCGUUGGGGCCGAUCUGAAAGAAUAAAUCAACGGUCCUCAUCCGCGAGGAGCGGGGACAAGGCCGGUCUUCUAAUAUGACGAUGGCACCGUACCAAGGGGUCGGUGGCCAUGAAAUGAUGUCGGCGGUGGGAGCCGAUCUGAAAUAAUAAACGGUCCUCAUUCGCGAGGAGCGGGGACGAGGCUAGUCUUCAAUAUGAUAAUGGCACCGUACCGGGGGGUCGAGCCAUGAAAUGAUGUCGGCGAUGGGACCGAUCUGAAAGAAUAAAUCAACGGUCCUCAUCCGCGAGGAGAGGGGACGAGGCCGCCCUUCGAAUAUGAUGAUGGCACCGUACCAGGGGGUCGGUGGCCAUGAAUGAUGUCGGCACUGGGGCCGAUCUGAAAGAAUAAAUCAACGGUCCUCAUCCGCGAGGAGAGAGGACGAGGUCGGUCUUCUAAUAUGAUGAUGGCACCGUACCAGGGGGUCGGUGGCCAUGAAAUGAUGUCGGCGCUGGGGCCGAUCUGAAAGAAUAAAUCAACGGUCCUCAUCCGCGAGGAGCGGGGACAAGGUCGGCCUUCGAAUAUGAUGAUGGCACCGUACCAGGGGGUCGGUGGCCAUGAAUGAUGUCAGCGCUGGGGCAGAUCUGAAAGAAUAAAUCAACGGUCCUCAUUCGCGAGGAGAGGGGACGAGGUCGGUCUUCUAAUAUGAUGAUGGCACUGUACCAGGGGGUCGGUGGCAAUGAAAUGAUGUCGGCGCUGGGGCCGAUCUGAAAGAAUAAAUCAACGGUCCUCAUCCGCGAGGAGCGGGGACAAGGCUGGUCUUCUAAUAUGACGAUGGCACCGUACCAGGGGGUCGGUGGCCAUGAAAUGAUGUCAGCGGUGGGAGCCGAUCUGAAAUAAUCAACGGUCCUCAUCCGCGAGGAGCGGGGACGAGGCCGGUCUUCAAUAUGAUAAUGGCACCGUACCAGGGGGUCGGGGCCAUGAAAUGAUGUCGGCACUGGGGGCCGAUUUCUGAGCUGGAUGGAAUCUUUGCUCCUUCAUCCGUUCGCUUACCUGCCCAUUUGGCCCGGUCCUUUGGAUCCUGAGCUGGGCUCGACCGCGAUUGUGAUGAGAAACGGGUUUAUCCCCUUUGGGGAUUCCCCCAGUGCCCCUCUGAUUUUUUUUUUGCUUUUUUUUGAGGGGUCUUUGAAUAUGGUGAUGUAUGCUCAGCCGAGAGGCCGUUCGGGAUAUACGUGUGUCGGUCAUGAGGGGCCGAUCAAGUAUUUCCAUGCAAUGGCUCUUGUCUGCGCGGCGCAAUGAUGAUACCGGUCUCCAAGGUGUAAACACGCCGUUCUGUGAGGUCGGUCGUGAUGUAAGGAUGGUCUCACGGCCCUCGGCGGUGAUGGUCUCCUCUGGGCCAUUGGCUCCUGGUGUGGAGAUGUUCGUCUCACAGUUAUUGCCCGCACCGGUCUCCUCGUGGCCCUCGGCCUCUUUGGGAAGUACGAACAUCUCGCGGCCCCUUUCUUUAGCCGGUUUGGAACGUCCUCUGAACCCAUGCCGAACGUCAUUUAAUUUUCUUCUUGGGCGCAUUGAGCAACCUUGACUGCAUAACUAACAUGGUAAUGGGCCGCUCGGCUCGACAAUAUAUAUAUACACAUAUGGCCAUCUACGUGGCUUUAUUCUUUUUCCAACGCUCGCGAUUGCCGGCCUAUGGGUUAUUGUGACCCUCGGUCCGGUUCAUCGUGCGGGAUUAUGGCCGUCCGGGGCGGGGCCACUUAGUGGCUUGCCGAACGUCGCAUAGAAAAAUACUGGUCCGCGAGUUUGAAAACUCAGACCUACGUUGCUGCUCAGCCCUCGAAAAAAUGAGGUUGAGCAUCUUUGGUGCCCUUGGGCCCCAUAGGUUGCGUUUGGCAACAGUCACUUCGCGUCUGGUGGCGCAGAUGGUACUAGGGUACGAUCGUUGCUCGGGCCAUUGGUGCCGUGCGGACUAAUGUGUAACCCCCUAAUUAAAAUGCGUCAUCGGGGCAGAUCCCUCUGGAGACGUUCGGAUCGCUAAUUAAGCCGAUCGAGGGUGGGCCAACGGACCCACUAAAAACAAUUAUCUACAUUGAAAUGAUGAUGGGAUAAACUAUCAUUGGAGUUGCGCUCGGCGUUAUUUAACUUUGGGAUAUUUUAAUCCCUAAUAAAUAAUAGUGAUAUGAGGGGCAGUAGUAAUAAUACUUAUCCUACUAAAGGUCGUUCAAAUACGCUUCGGUCGUAUAUUAAAGCUGGCCGGGGUGGGCCCACAAGCCUACCAACACAGUCAUUUAAUUAAAAUGACGAUGGACAUUUAUCACUAGAGCUUCGCUUGGUCAUUACUUAGUUCGGGAUAUUUUAAUCCCUAUUACAUAAUGGUGAUAACAAAUAAUACUAGCAAUAAUACUUUAAAGCUAUUAGCAAUUAAAUGUAAAAUCUUGAAGUAUAUGCACUUAGCUUUUGGAGAUAAAGCCUCGGCCGGCAGGGACUGUAGAGUCAGAUUGCAUCCUCUGUACCAAUUCUGACUUGGUCAGGAUGCUCCCAUCCUUUCCCAUCUGCCACCACUAUCCAGAGGACGUGGUCUGCUCUAGACCAAAAUCAAAGCAUUUUGUGCGGAGUAUAUCUUUUAGAAAGGGCAAGUGGAGCACCGUCCUACCAACCCAAGCGCAGGCUGUUCGUGUCGGCCACUUCCCGCCGGUGGAGAUGGCAGUCGCAGCAGAGCAAGGGUGGCCGAAAAGCUCAUCUCCGGCGGAAGCUCGACCGAACUACUGAACCUACUAAUUCUGAGCUCGUAAACUACCAUUAAUGGCGGAAUCAUGAAGCUCCACCGGCAUAUCCCACUGGUUGCGUCGGCCGAGUCGUGGAAGCUCGAACGGCGACCGACCAGGUGGGGGAGUAGCCAGCAGUUGACCGGCGAGGACGAUGGCGGUAUGGUGAUGCUCUGGCGGCGGCGAUGCUCCGGCGGCGGCAGCAAAACGGAGCAAGAUCCAGACAGCCCAGAUCUUUCCGAAUCCUCUUCCUCCCGUUCAAAUCAGUAGUUUUUCCUUCUUUUUGCUGGAAUCAGUCCACUUCGUAUGAAUUUUUUUUGUAGAAAUGCCAAGAACACGUGAAAUCUUUUUGAACAAGAUUCCCACCGACGGCGCUAGUGUUGAGGUUAAUUCGCCGCAGCCCGGAAGUUCAACACCCCUUCCGGGAGGGUUUCAUGGUUAUGAGGGAUAAUAAAAUAUAAACAAUGAUUUUUACGUGGAAACCCGGAAAGGGAGAAAACCACAGGACUGUUUAAGCUAAUGUCCAAGCCCGCUCCUUUUAUUACUGGUCUCCUCACCAAUACAUUAUACAAGCUCCAUUAAUGGAGGAUUCAAGCUUACUAUAGAGAAGGAGGAAGAAGAGAGGUAGGAGAUCAAGUCUCCAAAACCGGGAUCCUUUAUUAGGAGGUGAAACCCUCCUAUUUAUAGAUGGAAGGGGGAAGGGGGGCUCUCUACCCUAACGGGCCGAGUGGGCCUAAACGGCCUCUUGGGCCUAGGCGGGACCGAAUGGGCAGAAAUGGGCCCAAUGGCCGAAAUAGGCCUGACAGGCUAAUAUGGGCCUUACUGAUUGGGCUCCGUACUACGUAAAGUCUUGGGCCCCUGAACAGUAAUAGAUCGGGAUGAUAUAUCCCAACAAUAAGAAAAGGAACUUAUCUUCUUCUCCACCUCCCCAUACAGGAAAAUCUUUUUCUAAUCACAAUGCAAAAAGCAUGACCUGGGUUACGAAAAAUGCUGCAAGCAAGGACACAAGACCCGAGCAACCAAAGAAGAUUUCUAAAAUCUUUAAUUUUGUGGAAAAGUCUUGUAAUAGUUUAAGAAACUGUUUUCGUUCUAAUUUUUCUGCUAGUUCCUCUAGUUAUUUUUCUUACAAUUCUCCUAAGUUUUCUCAUUCUCACUCUAGAACUGUUGACUCAUUCUGGUGAUUAUUUUAAGGGUGAUAAUUUAAUUUCUUCUUUUUCCAACUGUGAUUUAAGCAAUGUGAAUGUUGAUAAUGAUUGUGUUACUUUUUCU